AUGGGGGGAAGCCACCUGCUGGGCCCCCCCCACCCGAGGGAGGAGGGAGGGGCCAUAAAUAGGGCAGCCCCGAGUGGCGUCUCCAGGCUGGGCCAGCGAGACUCAGUUUCCCCUUCGGAGAAGCCGGCUGAGGAAGAUGAUCCCCACUUGGGCGGCUCUGCUGGUCCUGGGCUUGGCUACCGCAGCCCCCCAGACGCGGGUCCUGACCCAGCAGCAGGCCCUGGCCUCGGCCGUCGCCCUCUACAACCAGCAGAGACCCUCGGAGUGGGCCUUCCGCCUGCUGGAGGCCGAGCCCCAGGCGGACUGGGACCCGACCAGCCCAAGCCCGCAGGGGCUGAAGUUCUCCAUCAAGGAGACGGUGUGUCCCUCCUCGCAGACCCACAACCUGACCCAGUGCGACUACAAGGAAGACGGGCUGGAUCAAGAUUGCUCCGCCAUCUACUCGACACAACAAGAACAAUCGCCCAUUGUGAGCGUCCAGUGUGAGGACAUGGACCGAGAGCUGAACCGGAUCACCCGAAGUCGCUGGAGGAGGUUCGCGAGGGGAGCCGGUCGUUUCUUGAGGCGACAUGGACCAUCCUUGGCCUUCGCCGUCAUCGGAUAAAAAUACAGACCGAAAAGUCCUUCCCGCUCCUGAGAGAUCUGACAGCUUCGCUCUUGAAGACUUCGCUUGCGUCUUAAAAAUUACACGGCUGAUUUUUUUUUUUUUACCUAUCCUUUUGAUACCUUGCAUAAUAAAAUGUCCUUUGGACCAAAGCAAUUAAAAACAUCUGGGUUCUUUUUUCCCCCCUCCCUCUGGAGUGAAGUGCUUUUGAUGGUAAAGGUGAGAAAGAAAGAAAGAAAGAAAGAAAGAAAGAAAGAAAGAAAGAAAGAAAGAAAGAAAGAAAGAAAGAAAGAA